AUGCCAAUUCCCACAGACGGAAUCUACUUUCGCCUCCUCAAUUACCAAAGCCGAAACGUACUUGUUGCCAACAAGGGUAUUGGUGAGAGUAAACUCACCGACUUCAACAGUGAUGAUCCCCAUUAUGAUAACCAGAUUUUCGAGCUUAUCCCACGCGGGGAUGGUACCUUUUAUAUCCAGAGUGUUUAUGUUCCCUCGUCUGGCACCAAAGGUCGCAUAUUUUCCAUCAGUGGCGCUGUCGGGAUAUCAUUUCUGAACACGGGAGCCGACAGUACUCGCUUCACAUUUGAAGAGGGUAGCGGCUAUUUGGCGGGAUGGUACCGUCUUGUUACUCCAGCUUGCAAUCUAGUUCUUACUGACAAGUCUGGUUACGGACCAUGGAAUUAUACUGCGAAUGGAGAAAAAUAUGAUGAUCAAUAUUUUCAAUUUCAGACUAAUUACCGUGAGGUUACCAAGUCUGCUGAGACUUAG